CUGCGCAGGAGUCGCCAUCUGGCUGGUUAACACUUUCACUGCCUGUGUGCCGGCUCACGGUGGUAUUGUGAUGAUGUCGGCCUGGCUCGGUGUAUUGGCACGGCGUGCCAUGCUGUGGAAGCCAGCUCUGCGCAGAUUCUACCACACCGAGCGAGGAGUUUACGGCUACAGACCGAGAAAGGGGACCAGCACCGGGGAGCUACGUGGGAGCAGCCAAACCAGCGAGACUGCCAGGGCAGUGGACCAUGGCCUGGCCCGUCUUGUUAUAGCUUACCGUGAGCAUGGCCACAAAGCAGCAAAAAUUAACCCAUUAUUCACUGGUCAAUCAGUGAUGGACAUGGUACCAGAAAUACAAGUACUUGCUGAAAUACUAAAUGGGCCGUUUAACACUGCAGGGUUACUUAAAAUGAAGAAACAAGAAGCAAGUCUUGAAGAUGUCUUGGCUUACUUAGACCAUACAUACUGUGGCCAAGUGUCUAUUGAAACAAGUCAGUUGCAGAAUUUAGAAGAGCAUAACUGGUUUUCUAGAAGAUUUGAGGAACUCAAACAAGAGACCUUUUCCAUAGAAGAGAAGAAACUGUUGGCCAAGAUAAUGUUAGAAUGCCAGGAAUUUGAUCAUUUUCUGGGUACAAAGUUUUCGACUGUGAAACGGUAUGGAGGAGAAGGAGCUGAAAGCAUGAUGGGAUUUUUUCACGAGAUGCUCAGAACGUGUGCUCUCAGUGGUGUAACAGAUGUGGUGAUAGGAAUGCCUCACAGAGGGAGGCUGAAUCUUCUUACAGGGCUUCUCCAGUUUCCACCUGAGCUUAUGUUUCGUAAAAUGAGAGGCUUAAGUGAGUUCCCAGAAAACUCCCCAGCGAUAGGUGAUGUCCUUUCCCACUUGACAUCAUCUGUGGAUUUGGACUUUGGUUCUCCUAGGCCUCUGCAUGUGACCAUGUUGCCUAAUCCUUCCCACUUAGAAGCAAUCAACCCUGUGGCUGUUGGGAAAACCCGCGCUCGACAGCAAUCCCUGGCAGAUGGAGAUUACUCGACAGACAGUUCUGCACAGCCUGGUGACAGAGUUGUAUGCCUUCAGGUACACGGUGAUGCUUCAUUUUCUGGUCAGGGGAUUGUUCCGGAAACAUUUACUCUUUCCAAUCUUCCACAUUACCGAAUUGGUGGCAGUAUUCAUCUGAUCGUUAAUAAUCAACUAGGUUAUACUACCCCUUCUGAUCGUGGAAGAUCCUCUUUAUACAGCAGUGAUGUUGGUAAAAUUGUUGGUUGUGCUGUAAUCCAUGUUAAUGGCGAUGACCCAGAGGAAGUUUUGAGAGCUACAAGACUAGCUGUGGAAUAUCAACGACUGUUCCGGAAAGACGUGAUUGUAGACUUGUUGUGUUAUCGUCAGUGGGGCCAUAAUGAGCUUGACGAGCCCUUCUUUACAAAUCCUGGCAUGUACAAGAUUAUCCGGGCUCGAAAAAGUAUCCCAGAUGUUUAUGCUGAUCGUAUAAUAUCUGAAAGCCUAAUGACAGAAGAAGAAGUAUCAAGCAUAAAAACUGCAUAUUAUUCAAAAUUAAGUGACCAUCUUACCAAUAUGACAUUAUACAGCCCACCAUCCACCAAUCUCCAGGCUCACUGGAACGAGAUGGUUGAACCCUCGCCACGGAUCACCACGUGGGACACUGGUGUUCCUGCCGAUCUACUCAAGUUUGUUGGGGCCAAGUCUGUGGAGGUUCCUGAGGACAUAAAAAUGCACAGCCACCUUCUCAAAAUGCAUGCACAGUCUAGAAUACAGAAGCUCCAAGAGGGAAUAAAGUUAGACUGGGGCACAGCUGAAGCUAUGGCAUUUGGCACAUUACUUUGCCAAGGUUUUAACAUUCGGAUUAGUGGACAGGAUGUAGGCCGUGGAACGUUCAGCCAGAGACAUGCAAUGGUGGUUUGUCAGGAGACUAAUGAUACCUACAUUCCACUGAACCAUAUGACAACAGACCAGAAAGGUUUCUUAGAGGUCAGCAACAGUGCUCUGUCAGAGGAAGCGGUCCUUGGCUUUGAAUAUGGAAUGAGCAUUGAAAGUCCCAAAUUACUUCCAAUUUGGGAGGCCCAGUUUGGAGAUUUCUUCAAUGGCGCACAGAUCAUAUUUGACACUUUCAUUUCUGGAGGUGAAGCUAAGUGGCUGUUACAGAGUGGUAUUGUGAUUCUACUUCCCCAUGGCUAUGAUGGUGCUGGUCCUGAGCAUUCUUCAUGCAGAAUUGAGCGCUUUUUACAGAUGUGUGACAGUAAAGAGGAAGGGGUAGAUGGGGAUACCGUUAAUAUGUUUGUAGUUCACCCAACUACUCCAGCACAGUAUUUUCACUUGCUGCGCAGACAGAUGGUGCGGAAUUUCAGAAAACCUCUCAUUGUUGCAUCCCCAAAAAUGCUUCUAAGAUAUCCGGCUGCUGUUUCAAGUCUUCAGGAUAUGGCACGUGGAAAAACAUUCAGACCUGUUAUUGGAGAAACACUUGUAGAUUCUAAAAGUGUACAUACAGUGAUCCUUUGCUCUGGUAAACAUUACUAUUCUUUGGCCAAGCAAAAGGAAACACUGGGAGAUCUAGGACACAAAUAUGUCAUUAUCCGGCUGGAGGAACUGUGCCCCUUCCCAUUGGACGCACUGCAACAAGAAAUGGCAAAAUAUCCCAAUGCCAAAGAAUUUAUUUGGAGCCAAGAAGAACCCCAGAAUAUGGGUGCAUGGACUUUUGUAGCACCUCGGUUUGAGAAACAGUUGGGAUUUAAGUUACGCCUUGUAAGUAGACCUGCUCUUCCUGCACCAGCAGUGGGUAUUGGAUCUCUCCACCAACAACAACAACAAGAUAUAAUCACAAAAACAUUUGCAUAGCUGUACUAAAUAAUAUUUAAUAUUUUAAAUAUGUGAAUGUA